UAGUUUUCCCAACCCACGCUCCUUCAAAUGUUGGGCUUAGAAGUAAUUCUUCUUAUAUUUCGCUGAACGCAGGAGGCAAUGUUAAACUCAUAAUACGAGGCAUUCAAUAUUUUGGAAAGAGGCGAGCUAUGCCCAAGAAGGCAGCUAGUUUGAGUGAAAGUCUCUUUGAAUUGGCGCGAGAGAAAUAUGAACAAGUUGAUCUUGGCAACGCAGGCACCUCCAAAAUGCUCAUGCCGGAUUCUUCCGUAAUCGUCGCUCACAGGCCAACCAGGUAUACUGUUUCGGUAUGGACAUGCUCGAAAAUUGCAUUGGCAGCUUUUGCUGUUGGUGUUUUUGUUGGAUUUUCACUGUGUAAAAGAUUGAAACGUUCAAUGCGGCGAUGGAGUAGAUGAAUGUCGAAUGAUGCUUGGGAUUCAGUUCAAUGCAAUAAUGACACUGUUGCUAGCACUCCGCUUUCCUUACGUUACAGCACAUCAAAUGAUAGGGAUCAUGUAGUUCUAUACCACACUAAAUGUUGACUUCGAUUACAAUGGAUAUCUAGGUGUACUGCUUUGGCAUGGCUUGCUCAAAAAUUGUGCUGUGAAGUUUUGCUUCUGGCGUUGGUGUGGGAUUCUCAUGGAACAAAUGAUUCAAUGUCUGCUCUGGCUAUGGUGUAGAUAGAAAUUGAAGGAUGCUUAAGAUAUGCAAUAAUUUAGUUUCUAAUGUUGCAUCUUCUUUCUUUAUUUGAUAGUGUAUCAAAUGAAAGGUUUAUGCAGUUCUGUGCAUGCUAAAUAUUAGAUUUUCUUGCGAUUGUGUAGUC